AUGUCUACCCUUGAAUUGGCCGCAGCUGCGCUUUUAGGAACGCAACUUCUCGACGCAAAGUACCUGAUCAAACAUGAUGUGUUGUUGGUACAGAAGGUUGUCCGAUCUGCAAUUCCAUACCUUAUCAACUGUGCUCGUGGAAGGGCGAGUUUCUGGUAUUAUUUUGAGAAAUCUGCACAAAGGAACGGAUCCAACCGAGCAAUUUCAUUCCCAAGACCACUUAAGAACCCACCACCAAUAGAAACGGACUCGAACGGGGUGAAAAACUACGACAAUCAAUUUGAAGUGGAAAACUACACAUACAAGGAAUUGUAUGACAUUGUGUUACGAUUGAGUUAUAUAUUGAAGAAUGAAUAUGGUGUGACUCCAGACCAGACGAUUGCCUUGGAUUGCAUGAACAAGCCGAUAUUCAUCUUUUUGUGGUUGGCGUUGUGGAACAUUGGGGCAUUACCAGCGUUUCUCAACUUCAACACCAAGGAUAAACCCUUGAUUCAUUGUUUGAAAAUCCUGAAUGUUACCCAAGUUUUCAUUGAUCCGGAUUGUCUGGGACCUAUCAGAGACACGGAACCAGAGAUCCGGACUGAGCUUCCCAAUGUGAAGUUGCACUAUAUGAAUGAGGUAGAGUUGUUACGGGUUAUUCAAGACCGCGCGACUCCAAAGUAUAGAGCUCCAGACCACACCAGAAGACCGGAGGAUACCGAUCUGUCGUGUUGUGCAUUGAUCUAUACUUCUGGUACCACUGGAUUACCCAAGGCUGGAAUUAUGUCGUGGAGAAAGGCCUUCAUGGCGGCCAAUUUUUUCGGAUACAUCAUGAAGAUUGAGAAUAAAUCCAAUGUUUUGACAGCCAUGCCAUUAUACCAUUCAACUGCUGCUAUGUUGGGUGUUUGCCCCUCAUUGUUGACUGGAGCAUGUAUUUCCAUUUCACAAAAGUUUUCUGCCACGUCGUUUUGGACCCAGGCAAAGUUGUGUGGAUCGACUCAUAUUCAAUACGUUGGUGAGGUUUGUAGAUAUCUUUUACACGCCAAGCCACAUCCAGACCAACAGGCCCAUAACGUGCGGAUUGCAUACGGGAAUGGGCUUCGGAAGGAUAUUUGGCUCGAUUUUAAGAAACGAUUCCAUAUAGAGGCAAUUGGAGAGUUUUAUGCUUCCACAGAAUCCCCUAUUGCCACCACCAGUUUACAAUAUGGGGAUUAUGGAGUUGGAGCGUGUCGGAAAUACGGAGGGUUCAUCAACUUUAUUCUUUCCUUCAGUCAAGUGUUGGUGAAGAUGGACCCAGAAGAUGAGAACGAAAUCUGGAGGGAUCCAGCCACUGGAUAUGCCAUUCGGGCGAAGAACAACCAACCUGGAGAAUUAUUGAUGAAGAUUUUGAAUACUAAGAAUAUUGAAGGCACAUUCCAAGGGUAUUAUGGGAAUAAGAAGGCCACUUCAUCCAAGGUUGUCCGAGAUGUUUUCCGUAAGGGAGAUGCAUGGUUCAGAACAGGAGACUUAUUGAAGGAGGAUGGUGAUGGGCUUUUAUAUUUUGUCGAUCGUUUAGGAGACACCUUCCGGUGGAAAUCAGAAAAUGUUUCUGCGUCUGAGGUGGAGAAUGAACUUAUGGGCUCUCAGGCUAUCAAGGGAUCGGUAGUUGUUGGGGUACGAGUGCCCAACCAUGAGGGACGUGCUGGAUUUGCAGUAAUUGAACCAAAGGAUGAAUAUUUGAAUGGAACACGAACCGAUGAAUUACUUGGUAAGGUGUACCAACACGCUCAAAAGAGUUUACCCAAAUAUGCUGUUCCUCAAUUUAUUAAGAUUAUUGAACAAAUUGAAUCUUCCCAUAAUCAUAAAGUGCCCAAGAACCAAUAUAAGAACCAGAAGUUGCCCCGGGGUGAUAAUGGGAAGGAUGUCAUCUACUGGUUGAACCGCGAUAGAUAUGAGGAGUUGACGGAGGACUCAUGGGAUCUGAUCAUAAAGGGAGCAAGUAAAUUGUAG